AUGGAUUACUCUCCGAGGAGCCCCCGGUCCUGCCUCGUGCUCGCGCUCCACCUGUGCUGGUGCCUUCCUCUCUGCCAGAGCGCCGGUGCUGACAGCGCUGGAUCUGCUCUGCUCGCAUCUCUGAAUUUACCUCAACACACAGAAUACGAAAUCGUUUCCCCUUAUGAAGUCAGCCACCGAGGCACCUACAUCUCCCACCAGGUUGCUCAGCACCAGCGCAGGCGGCGCCGACGCUCCGUGUCUGGAGAUGCAUUAGUCAGCGGUGAAACGGCUCACUUCCGGGUCAGUGGACUGGGACAGGACUUCCACAUGGAGCUGAGCGAGAACUCAAAGAGUCUGAUUGCACCUGGCUUCACUGUUCAAGUCCUGGGAAACAACGGCACCAAGGGCCUGAGGGCCUACCAGCCGGACGACCUGUGCUUUUACCAGGGGUCACUCAGGUCAAGGGUCAACUCAUCGGUUGCGCUGGCCACAUGCUAUGGACUGACAGGUUUGAUCCGCACGCAGGAUGCAGACUACUUCCUCAGGCCCGUCUCCCGCAGCCUGGCCCACACUGACAACUUCACAGCACCUUCUCAUCACCAGCCACACAUCCUGUACAAGAGCAGCCGCCCAGCACGCCAUCCAGCCAGGGUGCUGCGGAAGAGAUCAGCGGACCCAAAGGAUCGAAGAUCUGUCACUGAGACGGCGCCGAGCUCGCAGCCAGACUCUUCAGACAGGAACCACCACAACGGUCGGCUGGAGAAGCGGCGACGCGGGAGGAAGCAGAGGCAGCACUUCUGCGGCAGGCGGAAGAAAUAUAUGCCCAAACCUCCAGAGGAGGACGUCUUCAUUCUACCAGAUGAGUUCAAGUCCAUGGCUCGGAACAAAAGGGCGGCGCUGUCCACGCAUCAGUCGGAUCAAAAGCUCAACGUGGAAACUCUGGUGGUGGUGGACAGGAAGAUGAUGGACAACCACGGGCGUGAGAACAUCACCACUUAUGUGCUGACAGUACUCAACAUGGUUUCUAGUCUCUUCAAAGACGGCACCAUCGGCGGCAGCAUCAACAUAGUCAUCGUCGGCCUGGUGCUUCUGGACGAGGAGCAGGAAGGUUUGGUGAUCAACCAUCACGCCGACCACACUCUCAACAGCUUCUGUCACUGGCAGUCCACCCUGGGGGGUCGGGAAGGUCAGCGUCAUGACCACGCCAUCCUCCUCACAGGCCUUGAUAUCUGCUCCUGGAAGAACGAACCUUGUGACACACUGGGCUUUGCCCCCAUUAGUGGGAUGUGCAGCAAGUACCGGAGUUGUACCGUCAACGAGGACACCGGUCUAGGUUUGGCCUUCACCAUCGCCCACGAGUCUGGCCACAAUUUUGGAAUGGUGCACGACGGCGAGGGGAACGUCUGUAAGAAAUCCGAAGGCAACAUCAUGUCCCCAACUCUGGCUGGCCACGACGGGAUCUUCUCCUGGUCCUCCUGCAGUCGGCAGUAUCUCAGCCGCUUCCUGAAUUCUGCUCAGGCCCUGUGCCUGUCGGAUGAACCCAGAGGAGUCACGGAGUAUCAGUACCCGGAGAAGCUGCCCGGCGAGCUGUACGACGCGGACACACAAUGCAAAUGGCAGUUUGGGGAGAAGGCCAAGCUCUGCACACUUGACUUCAAGAAGGACGUAUGCAAAGCUCUCUGGUGCCAUCGUGCUGGAAGGAAGUGUGAGACCAAGUUCAUGCCAGCUGCUGAAGGGUCCGCCUGUGGACCAGAAAUGACGGUCGUCGUAAAGAAGAUGGAGGAGUACUACGGAGUGGUCACAAUCCCUGCGGGGGCUCGGAGUAUCCGCGUGCUGGAAAUGAACACGUCAAACUCCUACCUGGCUGUGAGGGACACGCACAGACGCUACCACCUCAAUGGACAGUGGACUGUGGACUGGCCCGGGAGACACGUGAUCGCUGGAGCCGUCUUUGACUACAAGAGACCGUAUAACCGUCCAGAAAGCCUCACCACGGCCGGCCCCACCAACGACACCUUGGUCGUAGAGCUGUUGUUACAAGGUCCCAACCCUGGUGUUCACUGGGCGUACACAAUGAAGAAAGCCGAUGAGAGCAAAGGUCAAAUCCAGCACAACUAUACGUGGGCUAUUGUGCGGGCCAAGUGUUCCGCGACCUGUGCCGGAGGGCAGAUGAACACUAAAUCUGCGUGCUACAAGGACAUGAGAGUGCAAGUGAAUACGUCGUACUGCAACCCCAGGUCCAGGCCUGCCACCGGACCGAUGCCUUGCAACACCCAACCAUGUCCCGCCAGCUGGUCCACCGGGAGCUGGGGAGAGUGCAGCCGGAGCUGCGGAGGAGGGGAGCAGACACGGCAGGUCCAGUGCGUCCAGAGGAUCGCUCAGACCAGCACGGACAGCCUGCCCGACUCCCGCUGUGUUCUGCCCACCCCAGCCAGGAGGCGGACCUGCAACACCCACGGCUGUCCGGCGCUCUGGACCCCAGGGCCGUGGUCUCAGUGUUCUAGAAAAUGUGGCAACGGCCUGAGAAAACGGACCGUGUUGUGUACAAGAAGCCUCCCCGGUAGCCCGACUCACACACUGCUGGACAGCUUCUGCUCAGGCCUGCCCAAGCCCUCGGGUCAGGAGUCCUGCUUCAUCAAGCGCUGCGAGAAACAGCGCAAGCUCCAGUGGUUUGUCUCCACCUGGCAAGAGUGCUCCGUCACGUGCGGUCGUGGUCGUCAGGCUCGCUUCAUCAAGUGUGCUGAGAAGGACACGGCAGGGAAGUACAGAGAACUUGCUCCAAAGAAGUGCCAUCACAUCUCGAAGCCCAUCGUAGAGCUCCAGAGGACCUGCGACCUGGCCGAGUGCCCAGUGCGCACCACCCCACCGGUCCAGCGCUGGAGCACACAUCACCGCCUACACUCGCCUCCGCCGCGGCCCGAGUGGCGCUCCUCGGCUUGGUCUCAGUGCUCAGUCACGUGUGGAGGUGGAGUCCAGGGCAGGGAUGUCCACUGUCUGCUGCGGGGAGCUCCGGUGUCCGGCUGUGCUCUCCAUUUGAAGCCUUCAGCCUCCCAGGCCUGCAACACCAACUUCUGCCCGCAGCCGGAGAAAAAAGAUCUGGCCUGCAAAGAUUUCUUCACCUGGUGUUACCUGGUGCCACAACAUGGAGUCUGCAACCACAAAUUCUAUGGCAAGGAGUGCUGCCAGUCGUGCUCCAAUUCAAACCUGUGAUGGCAUGAUGCAGCGGCUGUUCCACGUCUAAGGCGACGUGUGAAGCUCGAAAAGACGGAACAGUGAGGAGCAACGUGGGAGCGAUGCCGGACAUCUGGACGGAAGCGAUGAACUGGAAGUUCUGGAAGACUGACAUGACUGUGAGCAGCUCUGUUUAUAAACUUUGUGUACGUUAUCAGACAUGUAACCAGGACACCCGACGGAGGCCAACUCUGAACGAGGCUUGAUCACACGGCAACCUGGGCCGGACCGUGGAAAUUGAAGAAUGUGUACGUGACACUUGAAGAAGAACAGCCUGAGAGAAGCCGUCAGUGCAGGGCGCGAGCUGCACGAGGAGCACGCAUCCACAUCAGGGCUGAGAAGUGGAAGGCUCACUGGUGCUACAACCUUUCCUCAACAAUGUGACCAGUAUCAGGAAUGGACAACUGUUGUGUGUACAGUAAUGUGUGUUUAUUUAUUGGCUUACCAAUACAGCAUUGCUGGAAGACUGUAUUAGUGAGCGCUGAACUGUGAAUGUGUGCGUCUGUCGCUGCCUGGCUGAUGAAAACCAUCUUUUACAGUCCCCUUGUUCUUCUUUGAAGUGAACAAUCGUGGGUGUGUUGCACCAACAGGUGCCUGAUGCCGCAUUUAAGCCCAGAACCAAGGUCCAGCAAACAACUGUCACGGUCCGGGAAUUGUGUUGGCUCAUGGCAACACACAGGAUUCUCACCCACCAGCAGAAUGACCUUACCUAGCACAACUUAAACCCGGCUGAAUGAGCCGCGACACAUCCGUCACCUGAAGAUAAGUGCAGAGCUCUUUUGCUCUGGAGACAA